GUUCAUAAAAGCGCCUGGCCCUUCAUGGAACCAGUCGAUCCAACAGAAGCACCUGAUUAUUAUAAAGUUAUAAAAGAACCAAUGGAUUUGCAAAUGAUUGAAGGGAAAAUCAACGAUCAGAGGUACAAGAAGCUUAGUGAAUUCAUCGGAGACAUGACAAAAAUUUUCGACAACUGUAGAUACUACAAUCCGAAGGAAUCUCCAUUUUAUAAAUGUGCGGAGUCUUUGGAAGCUUACUUUGUAAAUAAAAUCAAAUGCUUACGAGAUAAAUUGUUCGAAACUAAUAAGUGAAAAAGUCUUUAGAUGGUUUCUUGAAUAAAUCCUGAGAUUUUUGCUGGAGAGCAGACUUUGGGCAGGUCCGAAACGAUCUCAGCUUUAUUUAAUCUCGGUCUAUUUAGUUUAAGUGACCUGUUUCAAGUUUAAAUAUUGUACAUACCUGAAUUGAUUUGUGAAUACGUGUACGGAGAAAAGUUUUAUUUUGUAAUUAUUUUCAUAUCACUUUAGUUAUUAUUUAUUAUUGCAAAGUAUUUAAUUAUGGAGUUUUAAAAAUGUUUCUAGCUUGUAUAAUUUAUUGAUAAUAAAUUGUUUAAGUUUUAAAUAUUGAAUUUCAGUCAUGUUCAUGAUAUAUUGUGUAAUUUUAAAUAUAUUUGAAUAUAAACUAAAACAGUCUUAGGGAUAGUGCCAUUGUAGAUAUUAAAUAUCCAAGUGGAUUAUUACAGAAAUUUUGUCUUUUACGUUUGCACAUAUUUCAGAUUUUUAUAUUUAGUCGGUUGGUAUGCCGGCUGUGUUUUAUCGAGAAUAAAACAUUUACAUGAUGUUUUCAUUA